ACAUUCCCAAAGCAAAGACUCACUUAGUUGGGAACAUUCAUUGAGUCAAGAGGCGAGACAGAUUUUAAAUUGUAUUUGUUGAUUUUUAUUUUAUUUUGUGGCCUUCAUUUUAUAUACAUUAUGAGUUGCUUAUCGAGAUUCCGUCUGAUUACGUUUGAUGUUACUGACACUUUAAUCAAGUUUCGAACAGCUCCUGGAAAGCAAUACGGCGAAAUUGGAGCCUUAUUCGGUGUAAAUCAAGAUGAUCAUCACGAUCUAGUCGCUAAUUUUCGUGCCAAUUGGAGAAAGAUGAACAGAGCUCAUCCGAAUUUUGGACUUAAAACGAAAAUCGGAGAACGGGAGUGGUGGCGUCGAUUGAUAAGAGGCACGUUUGAUGCUCACAAAUUGUCAGAUGACAAGAUCAGCAACAUGACGAAUUACUUAUUAGAUUUAUACAAAACAUCAACAUGUUGGCAGUUAACUUAUGGCACCGUCGACUUCUUGAAUUACCUGAAACUUCAGAAACAGUACGCAAGUCAAAAUGGAAAGUUUGAGCCGCAUUUUAAACUCGGUGUCAUUAGUAACUUCGAUUCUCGUCUUGACGUUCUGCUGAGAAACAUGAAAUUGAAUCAUUACUUUGAUUUCGUGUUGAGUUCUUAUCAAGCAGGUGUUGAGAAGCCUGACAAAGAGAUUUACCGGAUCGCAAUGAAAUCGAGUGAGUUGAAAGAUUUAAAGCCAUCGGAAUGUCUGCAUAUUGGUGAUACGCCAGUCACAGAUUACUUCGGUCCUCGAAGUGCAGGUUGGUAUAGUUUACUCAUUCACGAAAGGCCGGUUGAAAAGCUCAGGGAGAAAUAUGGAGACAAAAUCGAAGACCAUCACGUGUAUCAAAACUUUAUAGAUCUUCACAAGGACAUCUCAAACGAUUACAUCAAAUGGUGAACCAAUUAUAUUACAUUCCAAUGUGUUGUUAAGUGUUGAAAUGUUCUGUAGUAACAACACAAUACGUGUUUAAAUAAAAUUCUAUUUAAUCUUAUAAUUUUGGUCUCCUUUCUACCCCAAUCGACCAAUGAUCAUCCUAAAACAUAAUAAAACAUUUCGAAGACGGUUUUUGUUUGAUUUUCAAA